CGGGCGGUGCGGGCGUUGGGGCAAAUGAGUGGCAAAGGAGAAGCUCAAAUGGCUCGGUCGAUGCCAACUGGCGUGCACGCUGAUGCUGCUAGCCACUCCCUCUCCCCCCCUCUCCGCCCUUCUCCCCCACCACCACACCAAGCUUGAACGAUGCGACCAUCCUGAGCAAUGCGCUGGCGCAGAACAGCCAAGAAUCGCACGCUACAGACAACAGCGUGAUAGAUCCCAGCACCAGCGCAUCGCUUUCUUUCACACCCGAUUCGCACACUUCGAUGAGAGGAUUGUUGCAAGCGAGGGAUGCGAGAGCUUUGGAAUAUUUGCGCUCUUUGCGUGAUCUAAAAGAGGCGCAAGAUGAACGAGCAUCACUUCGUCGAGAUAUAGCCGUCAUCCGAUCACAAACAUCCACGCAACUGACGGACAUUUUGAGCAAUCCGGUAUCGGGCAGAAGAGCAGCUCGCAACGUGGCGGGAGAAGAGGGAGCGCGUAUUCGAAGGAUGGAAAAAGCUUUGCAGGAUGUGCUCAGCAAGCGAGAGAUGGUGCGGGGCGUUUUGCGCGUGAGUAUGUUGCUGUUGUUGUUGGAAAAGGAAAGGGGCAGUACAGUGGCAAAGGAGGCGCGUGGACGAGAGAGAGAGAGAGAGAGAAGAGAAGGGGGGGAAAGGAAAGAAAGAGCGUAUGUUGGAUUGGCUGAUGCGGAUGAGGGCCAAGCGUGCAAGAGAGAGAAAGCUGACGCUUGCUCUUCCUUUCUCUGCUCGCUCAUGCGUUCACCCCGCCCGCAACCACCUGACACGCACACAGGGACUCGUCUUGGAAUCUUCCAUCGAGUGGGGAUCGCAUGAACAGCUGAGCAAAAUCAUGCUCGGCAUGGGCGACGAGGGCGAGAGUUCGGGCGAAGAGGCAGAAGAGCAAGAUGCUGAUGAUGAUGAUGCGCUGGAUGAUCGGGGUGAGGAUGAGGAAUGAAGGGAAGCGCGAGAAGAGGGGGGAAAGAUUGGAAUUCGAGUCGAGUAGACAAAAUCUUGCAUCAGCAGCUUUGGACAUUCUCAAGUCAUUGGGGGCCAACGAUGCGAUGCGGCUUG